AUGGGUCAGAACCAGGACCUGAAUCCUCCAUCAUCAGCUGCCCACGACGGGCAUUCACCACCUGAACUAAAGAUAGAGGUGUUAGCUGUGGACAAUUUCAAGAGAUUCAAGAAUAAGCUGCGAGCAGCCCCGUUGGAGGAGAGGUACAAAGCCAUCUCCUGGCGCCAGCUGGAGAAGGGGGACCCUGUGGAUGUUAGCAACCUGCUGAUCAGUCACUAUGGGGAGUGCUAUGGGAUGGAGGUGACUGUGCAGGUGCUAGGAGACAUCAACCAGAGAAACCUGGCAGAGAGGCUCAGCAGAGCUGAGGGAAGACGAGCCACACAGGGAAUUCUGGAGAAGUUGAACUUGGAGCAAUACAGAAGCAGGCAGCUCAGACUGAGGGAUCUCCAGGAGAUCAGCCCAGAGAGCAGAGAGACCUGGGCUCCUGUGACAUUAGGGGAUUUACCUUGGCAUUUCCUGAGGAAAGUCAUGGCUCUGAAUGGGACAGCCAGAAACACAAGGCUUGUGCAUGGGGCAACUGAUGAUCAAGAGACCAAUGAGGAGCAGGAAGUACAUAUUGAUGACAAUAAUCUUUCCCUGAGUAACAUGGACAGUAGCAGUUCUCUGAACCCCCUCGAUGUUCUCUGCGCCGUUCUGCUUUGCUCAGACAGUUUCCUGCAGCAGGAGAUCCUGUCCAAAAUGUCCAUGUGUCAGUUUGCCCUCCCUCUGCUGCUGCCUGCCCUCGACACCCCCAAGUGCACCCUAAUGCUGUGGGCCAUGAGGGACAUUGUGAAGAAGUGGAGGCCGCAUUCCCUGGCAGAGAGCAGAGGGUUCAGAGAGGAGAGCCCGGUGCUCACCAAAAUGCCAACCAUUUCCUUUGUACGGAUGGGGAGCUGCAGCUUCUCCAAGUCCAAACUCCUCAAUGACAUACUGAGCCUUUCGCAGCAGCACCACGAUUUCUUUGUCCAUUGUGACAUGGAGUCUGGGAACGUCCCUCGGGAAAUCGCAGAUGGGCUGGUCUAGAUUUUCUGGUAUUUAUCAGCUGGGAAGGAGAGCUCAGAUCUUUUCCCAGAACCCAUCGCAGUUACAAACCUGCACGGAGACAUUGAGUCGCAUUGGCUGCAGGUCAGCUUUUUAACAGAGGUCUCCUCAGCAGUGUUCAUAGUUACUGAGAGCAUCAAUGAGAGACAAUACGCACUGUUAUCAUCUCUGCAGGGAUCAGCUACUAAAUACUACUUCAUCUUUAACUGCAAAAUUGAGAAACCUGAGGAGACCCUGGGAUUCCUUUAUAAAUUAGAGUCAGUGCUGAAACUAGACAAACUAAGCAUGCUGAUGACAGAGAACACCCUAAAUCAUGCUCAGUUUGUGGAGAAGCUGCAGUUCACCAUUGGAAGCCUAACGGAGUCCUCCCUCAAGAGAACCUCCGUAGCAGACACAGCUGUGACAGCACGAGAAUUAGGUAUCCGGGUGGAUGAGGACUCUGAGGAAUGCCAAAGCGCGAGAAAACAGGUGGCAGAAAUCACAGCGGAAAUAAAGGACGUGGCAAAGUACAAAAGGGAAAUGUUGAGACUCUCAGAGGAUCAGUGCAAAAAGUUGGCCAUGGUGGAGAAAGAGCUGCACCGAAUGCAAUGGCAAGGGGACACUGCCACUGGGAUCCAGGCAUCUCAGCAAAGAAAGGAAUGGUUGGACUUACAGACUAAAUGUGAGCUUACUGAUGGGAUAGUCAAGUUUAUUACUGGGCUAGGAAAACUCUCUCAAGUGACUCUCUCAGAUGUUCUGACCCAGCUUCAUGCCAAGCUGGGAGGAAGGUCCAAAAUGCUGGUUCUAACAGUGCUGGGAGGGCAGAGCACUGGAAAAUCCACCCUCCUCAACACCAUGUUCAGCCUGCAGUUUGCAGUAAGCAGUAGCCAACAUACACGAGGAGCCUUCAUGUCAGUCGUUAAAGUGGCAGAGAACUUUCGGCAAGAACUGGGCUGUGAUUUCCUCCUGGUAAUAGACACAGAAGGCGUGAAAGCCCCCGAACUGGCCAAGUUGGAGGACAGUUAUCGACGUGACAAUGAGCUGGCCACACUGGUGAUUGGACUGAGUGACAUAAUCAUCGUUAACAUGGCCAUGGAGAACGCCACUGACAUGAAAGGUGUUCUGCAAAUUACGCUAGAUACACUUCUGAAAAUGAAGAAAAUCAAGCAACAUCCAAACUGCCAGUUUGUACAUCAGAACGUCAGCGAUGUGUCCGCACAUGAACAAAACGUGGGAGACAUGUAUCAGCUCCUGGAGUCGCUGGAUGAAAUGACCAUAGCUGCAGCUUGUACAGAAAAAGGAAUCAGGAAAACGAAAUUUCCUGGCAUUCUAUAUAAUGAUGCAGAGAAACACAAUUGGUACAUCCCUGGCUUGUGGCAUGGAGUCCCUCCCAUGGCUCCAGUGAACAUGGGAUACAGUGAGAGUGUGUGUGAGCUAAAGAAAUACCUAUUUGAAUUCAUGAGACGAUACUCGUCUAAUAGACCCCUUAAGGACAUCCCCCAGUUUAGUGAAUGGAUGAAGAGCUUGUGGAAUGCUAUAAAACAUUCAAAUUCUACCUUCAGCUUGAGAAAUAGCUUUGUGGCUCACACUUAUAACCAGCUGUUUGCAAAGUAUUCUGAAUGGGAAUGGGAUUUCCGCAAGGAGAUUUACCUCUGGGGGUCUGAGCAAGAAACUUUUAUCCAGAAUCAGUCUCAAGCUGAAUUAGACCAUGUAGCUUUAAGUAAAUUAAAAGAUGAAACUUGGCAGAAACUGCAGCAAGAAGAACGGAGGCUCUUGUAUUGUUUGCAAAAAUACAUUGAAAGUGGAGCUGCAAAUGUGCUUCUGACAGAGAAGUACAGGGAAGAUUUCAUCAGGAGCACCAAUGGCCUGACAAAAGAACUCAGACGGUAUUGGUUCAGAAAGUGUGAAGAAGCACUUGACAGUCAAAGCAGCCUAGAGAGACUGAACCAUCAGAUCCAAGCCAUGAAUAUGAAAACAAUGAAAGGGAAAGCGGACAGUCUGUUGGGACACUGCAGGAAAAGAAACCUUUCCUCAGAAAGGGACACCUUUCAAAAGGAGAUCAGGAUAUUCUGUGAGGAGUGUCUGAGGCCUGCCCUGGUGGAUUACGUUAAUAGGAUGCUUGGUAUAAAAAUAGUAGGCAAUUUUCUCAACAGUGCACAGGCGAUUGGAUAUAGCAAUCGGAGCAUCUUCCAAUUUUGGUUGCUGAGCAGACUCCUGAAGGAGAUAAACUUUGAUGGUUAUGUGAAAUAUAUUAAUAACUACCAAGAGUUUGCCAAAACUUGGAUAUGGACACACCUGUUAGAUCACUACAAAGAGACUAGGGGUGUGGAAAAUUUGGAGAGAGAGCUUCUGUCCACAGUAAUAAAGAAAAUCAUGGAUGCUCUGGAGAACUCCAGGACUCAGACUGACUUUUUAGGCAGCUUUUUCAAAUAUUUGCAAAGGGAUCUUGUAAUGUCCAGGGACAGCUUAGCCAGAAUGCAGCUUAUUAUCACAAAAAACUCAAACCAGUUUCCCAGUGCUGUUCAAGUCUUUCUACGUGCACUUGAGCAAGUCUUUCUGCCUGCACUUGAGCAAACAAUCUUAUCUCAGUUUAAAGACUUGGAUGUAAAGUCUAAGCUCUCCAUCCUGCCUCUGAAGCCCGAAGAGGAGAUCUAUAAGCGCAUGUUUGGCUGUGGGAAGUGCUGUCCAUUCUGCAAAGUCCCCUGUGAAGCGGAAGGCACCGAUCACAAAAUUCAUUUUGCAUCAGUCCACCGGCCUCAAGGGCUAAUGAAACCCAAGAGAGUCUUCUUACCCUGUUUGGCACAUGGCCCAAAACUUGACUAUUCUCCUUGCUGUUCUGGAUGGCUUAUCAGGGAUUCCCAUGUCCACAUAGGUUACUGCCAUUGUUUUUGUGAAGAUAACAAUGUCUUGCGCUGUCAUUCUCCAGCAGAUUCCAGCUACAAAACUUCCAACUAUUGGAAGUUUGUUUUCAAGGAGUUCAACCAACAGUUUGCUAGAGAGUACGGUGCUAAACCAGCUGAUCUGCCCAGCGAUUGGGGUAAUAUAACCCAAGAGCAGGCACUGAAAAGUUUAGAGGAAGCUUUUAAAGGAGCAAUCUCAUGGUUGGAGUAG